AUGCGCUCUCUUUUCAAGAAACCCUCAUGGGCAACGAAGGCGACUGAAGGAGACGAUAAUGAGUUCUACCGUCGCUCCGAGCAAACUUAUUCUGAUAUUGUUGCUGCGACUCGAGAUGCUUACCGAAAGCCGAAAACACCAGAACUCACAGCUACUGAUGAUGAGUUUGCUGACGAUGCGACGCCAAGAAAGCGGUGCCGGCUUUCCCAAGAAUCACAAGAAGAGAGCACGGUUGAUGAUCCGACGAUGACCAUCUCUCCCGGGGCUGAUGGCGAGAAAAUUGUGCUGACGGAAGCGCAACAGCUUGACUGUUCUCCGUCGAAUCGCAGCAACAAUGGAAAAGAAUUAAGAAAUCAACCCUUCGAAGGAGAUAUUAUGCGUUCUGAGAAGGUUGAUUCCCAUCCUUAUCCAGACAGAGAGCAUGAAACGGCCUCAUCGCCACCAGUCCGUGACCCCAAAAUUACCCUGACUUCAGAAACCAGUUCCUGUGAGUCCUCCAAGAAAGUCAAUGACCCGGAAACAAAAACCACACAGUCUGGCCUAUCACCGAAACCAUCGGAUGACCCGACCGUUCAGAUCUUGAUCUCAUCCAAAAUCACCAACACCAAGCCAUUACUGGUCCGCCGAAAAAUGUCACAGGGAUUGCGAGAAGUUCGCUUGGCAUGGUGCAAUUAUCAAAACUUUGACCCAGAAAUUCAACCAUUGAUCUAUUUGACCUGGAAAGGCCGACGCUUGUUCGACGUGACAACCUGCAGGAGUCUAGGCGUACAUGCCGGGAGAAGUCACAUAACCUCAAGCAUGGACGAGGAUUCCACUACGGAUUAUCCAGAUCUGCGCAUACAUAUGGAGGCAGUUGCUGAUAGUAUUCUACCGGUCAGUCAUCGAAGCCCUUCGUCCGAUGACGGCAAGGCAUCUACUGCGGCACCAACUUUGGAAGAUGACAAGGGUGAACCGAUGAAACUUGUUCUGAGAAGUCCUGGACUGGAUGAUUUCAAAAUUAAAGCUAGAGCCAAAACUCAAAUUUCGCGCCUCAUCUCUGCUUUUCGAAACAAACAGAAUAUCUCCAUGGAUCAAACAAUCUCCCUCCAAUUUGAUGGGGAUACCUUGAACCCUGAUGAUUGCCUUGGUGAUUAUGACAUCGAUGACCUAGAUUUGGUGGAUGUUCAGAUCAAGUAA